AUGUACAAUGGAAAGAAGGUGGUAGGCAGUAGGUCGAUCUACAAAACCAAGUUUAAUUCUGAUGGUUCAAUUGAAAGACACAAGGCAAGGUUGGUGGCUCGUGGGGGUUUUACUCAAACGUUUGGAGUUGAUUAUAAGGAGACAUUUGCUCUCGUGGCUAAGAUGACUACAGUGAGGGUUUUGUUAUCUGUUGCAGUUAAUCAUGAGUGGCCGUUAUACCAAAUGGAUGUAAAAAAAAUUCUUUUUUUGCAUGGAGACCUUGAAGAGGAAGUUUACUUGCAAUUACCUCUUGGUCAUCAACAAGCACAUAAUUCAAGUAUGGUUUGCAAGCUUCACAAGUCCAUUUAUGGAUUGAAAAAACCUCCACGUGCUUGGUAUGCCAAGCUGAGCUCCAUACUUGAAAAGUUUGGUUUCAAGAGAAGUCAUGUUGAUUCAUUCUUGUUUGUUCGAACUAGAUUAGUUGGUAAAAUAGUUGUUCUAAUCUAUGUUGAUGAUAUCAUCAUCACAGGUGAUAAUAUUGAUGUGAUUAGCACUCUUAAGCAUUUUCUUCAUCAGAAAUUUGCCAUUAAAGAUUUAGAAGUGUUAAAAUACUUCAUGGGGAUUGAAAUGGCUACUUCUCCCAAUGGACUGUUUUUAAGUCAACCGAAAUAUGUGGUUGAAUUGCUUCAAGAAGUGAAGAUGAUGGAUUGCAAACUGGCUCGUACCCCUCUUGAUAGCAAAUUGAAGUUAGACUUGGAAGGAGAGCCUCUCAGUGAUAUAAGUUAUUACCAAAGAUUGGCGGGUAACACUACUACAAAAAAGGAAAAACACGACGGGAAUUCACCAUCGUGUAUUCUGUUUUCAAAUGGUCGUGGAAUCCACCGACAUCUUUUCCAUAACCAAACCACGACGGUGAAUAACCGUCGUUGUUAA